ACCACGCACUAAGAUUUAUCUGUAUUUGAACAAAGCGUACAUCAACUAGUGAAUUUCAUAACAAUUUACUUGUAGAAUUGGUUGGAACGUGGACACUUUUUGUAGCAUAUUUGUGCUUCAAAUAUGAUGUCUGUUACCAUUUUUGUUUUAGCAUUUAUUGCUUUUGCCCAAUGUACUGUUUAUUUCAAGGAUACUUUUGAUGAUGAGACAUGGGAGAAAAGGUGGAUUCAUUCUAAAAGCAAAGGUGGUGAUGCCGGCAAGUUUAAGUUAUCAUCAGGAAAGUUUUAUGGAGACAAAGCCCGUGAUCAAGGAAUUCAAACUUCACAAGAUGCCAAAUUUUAUCAAGUUUCAGCUAAAGUACCAAACCCUUUUUCAAAUGAAGGUAAAACUUUAGUUUUACAGUACCAAGUGAAACAUGAACAAAACAUUGAUUGCGGAGGUGGAUACAUUAAAUUGUUUCCUUCAACAAUUACUCCUGAAACAAUGAACGGAGAUUCACCAUAUCACAUUAUGUUUGGACCUGAUAUUUGUGGACCAGGAACUAAAAAAGUCCAUGUAAUAUUUACAUAUAAAGGAAAAAAUUUGCUUACAAAGAAGGAUAUCAGAUGCAAAGAUGAUGAGAUGACACAUUUAUAUACUCUAAUUGUAAAACCUGACAACACUUAUGAAGUUAGAAUCGAUGGCUCUAAAGUUGAAUCAGGAACUCUUGAAGGUGAUUGGGACUUCUUACCACCUAAAAGAAUCAAGGAUCCCAGUUUGUCAAAACCUGCUGAUUGGGUUGAUGAAGCCAAGAUUGAUGAUCCUGAGGAUAAAAAGCCAGAAGGUUAUGAUAAACCUGAGUUAAUUCCUGAUAAAGAUGCAACUAAACCAGAAGAUUGGGAUGCUGAAGAAGAUGGUGAGUGGGAACCUCCAAUGAUUAACAACCCAGAAUACAAGGGUGAGUGGAAGCCACGAAAAAUUGACAAUCCUGCAUACAAAGGAGAAUGGGUUCACCCAGAAAUUGAUAAUCCAGAAUAUAAAAGUGAUGAUAAUUUAUAUAAAUAUGAUGAUAUUGGUUAUAUUGGAUUUGAAAUUUGGCAGGUAAAAUCUGGUACAAUUUUCGAUAAUAUUAUUGUUACUGAUGAUAUUGCGGAAGCUGAGAAAUUUGCAAAAGAAACAUUUGAAAAAACGAAAGUUGAAGAAAAGCAAAUGAAAGAUAAAAUUGAAGAAGAAGAAAGAAAAAAGCGAGAGGAAGAAGAAGCUAGAACUAAAAAAGAAGAAGAAGAAAAGAAAAAAGAUGAAAAAGAAGAAGAGGAAGAGGAUGAUGAAGAUACAAAAGAAGAUACAAAAGAAGAAGAAAAGCCAGCUGUAGAAGAUUCAACUGACGAUACUGUUAAAGAUGAACUGUAGUCUUCUUUAAAUUUUAGUCUAUUUUUCCUAUCAAUUUUAGAAUAUAAUAAUUUAUGCAGCAUCAAAUUGUUAAAUAUUAAUUCUUUUAUGAAUUUAUUUAUACUGCUGCAGUAAGACUUCUGGUCUCAAGUAGAUCUGUGUCUUGUUUGUUGUUUUUUAUAGUCUGCGAACGUCCGCUUCUAUUGUAAAUUAUUUGCCCUUCAAAAAAAAAAAAGUAACAAUUA